AAUCAAUUCCCCUGGCGGAAUGAGAAUCAAUGGCCGGUGGAUUGUGUUAACAAUAGAAUAAUUAAAUGGAAUAAUAAUUAUUUGAGAACUGUGGAAGACACUAGGGAAUUCGAGAGGAAGAAUUAACGAUGGCGAAUCGAUUAGCAUGGUUCCUCACACCUGCAGGAAAAACAUUCGUUUCUAUAUCAGCAACUGUUGCUGCCUGUGGAACCGGCCUUGCGGCAUGGCUACCACAUACAGCUUUUUUGGAAAAAUAUCGUGAUUUCGUUGCUUUGAGAAAGAACAGUCAGCCCAUGCCAGUUCCCGAGAACCUCCAGACCCUGUUCACCUCAGUCCUGGAGGACCUCUCCCUCAACGACUACUACAAAGUCAUCUCGAAGUCCUUCAUGGUCUUCGGAUUCGACGUCUACAACAUAGGCGCCCUGAACUCCCGCAAGGGCACCUACAUCGGCCUUCCGAUAAACUUCACCUACGACUCGCCCUCCUCCAUAAAUAAGAACGACAUUUUCAUAAAUAACGAGCCUGUGAACUGGAACCGAGAGGACGCCCGGCAGCUUCUGCAGUCCCUCGUCCUGUCCGAGGACGCGAAGAAGUACGCGAUUGGGAGGGAAGUCCUCAUGACGGACAACAGCCGGAUCAUGUGUAAUUCGCUGACCUCGGGGGUGUUGACUGGGAGCUGUUAUGGCCUAGCUUCUAAGAUAAACACUUCGAUGAAUCUUUACGCGAGGCCCAGGCUCGUGCGGGUAAUUCUUUAUUCGCUGACUUCUCUGUUCUUCUGGGGUGUCUGGGCCAUGCAGAAAGACACAAUAAUCAGGUACUACGAGUCCGAUGCCGAUGAACAUCUAGCUCAGUUAGGGGAAAAAUACAUCCGAGGGGCCAUCGAGUAUUACGAGAAGACUCUGGCGCGUAAUAAAGCCAUGAGGACGUUGAUCGGGGCACAAGGGGCCAAGGCCUUCAAUACAGACGGAGACGAGAUCUUCUUCUUCAGACAGAAGCAUGUGUCCCUCACUCAUCGAAAGGAGUUCUUCGAGAAGAAGCUCAAAGAGAAAACAGAGGGGAAAGACGAGAAGAAUGUCGAGGAGAUUGUGGGAAAUGCUGUUAAUUAGGAGAAUUUACGUUGUAAGGCUUUUGAUUUUUUAAUUAAAAUUGUUGUACAAUUACAGGUUUA